UUGCAAUUAGGCCUGGCAACUCUGAUUCUCUCGGCUGUCUCCCAUCCAGAUUUGUUUCAGCCCGCCUUGUCCGCACUCUGGUCAUCCCUCUACCAGUCGGCAUUUUAUCGUGCCUCGACUUUUGAGACAUUCCUCACGGUCCUAUCUUAUGGCUUAAUAGAGCCUAGGUAUACUCGAAAAUUCGCACACAGUCCUUCACUCCGUAUUGACCUCCGUGAACGAGGCACCAGCAGAUCGGCAAGCAGCGAAGGAGCCAACAAUGCUACGACCAAGGGGAAUUCCCCCCAGUUGCCUAAGAUGAAACGACCAUCCAAGCGCCUGGGGGAGAUUUUUACCUACAUCGCUCCACUUCUACUUCUCGAUUUAACCCUGAUUAAGAAGUUCUCUGGUGUUCCAGUGGAGGACAUCAGGACAGCUGGCGGGUAUUCUGCGGUUCCUUCGAAAAAUAUCGAUGCUUCCUUUCUCUUCGUCACCGUCCACAACUUCAGCUGGGCGUCCCCUGUCCAGUUAGUUCGCGCCUUGCCACACGAGCCACCGACCAGCCGUCGAUUGGUCAUUGAGGUCAUAUCCUCCUUCUUCAUUUACGACACUCUUUUCUUCCUAGCCCACGUAGGAUUUCACCGCAUCUCGGCCCUACAGCCUUACCAUCUUCCCCACCAUACGCAUCAAGAAAUUCACCCACAAGUGACCAACAAACUCUCCAUCACCGAACGCCUCUCCCUUGUCCUCCUGGCUAAUUUUAGCCUCAACGUCAUCGGCUCCCACGUCCUUAGCCGCACCAUUUUCGUGCCGGUGUUUGUGUGGCUCCUGGUUGAGGCGCAUUGUGGUAUGGAUUUACCACUAGGCUACGAAAAAAUCUUGCCUAAGGGAUGGGGAUCAGGUGCGAAGGAGCAUUCGAGACAUCAUCGGACGGGCCGUGGGAGUUAUGCUCCCUUUUUUACAUGGUGGGACAUGGGUCUA